UCCUCGAAAUAAAGAAGUUCUUACUCUCAAAAAAUAUUUAUUUAAGUGUUUUGCUAACAAAUUUUGGUCCGAAAUUCGUUGGAGGGUAUGAGAUCUGGUAUGCUAUAGUUCCCAAGACUCAUCGUUACUUGCAAGCUUCGUUCAUUCUCUCUCAUCUGUACACAUGGAUCCCAACCAGCCUGUGGGUGAAAACUACGCUAAUCCCAGGACUUGCUUCUUUCAUGUCCUCUUCAAGGCUGCAUCCUUGGCAUUUUAUAUUCUCUCGGCCCUCUUUAUCGAUAACUUUGUCAUCAUUUUUGUGGUGACUGUCCUUCUUGCUGCCCUUGACUUUUGGGUAGUCAAGAAUGUGAGUGGGCGAAUUUUAGUUGGUUUGAGGUGGUGGAAUGAAAUCAAUGAUCUGGGUGAGAGUGUUUGGAAAUUUGAGUGUCUUGACCAAGAGUCAUUGUCUCGGAUGAACAAGAAAGAUUCUUGGCUUUUCUGGUGGACCCUGUACCUUACGGCUACUGCAUGGAUUUUUCUGGCAAUAUUCUCGCUCAUAAGGCUUCAAGCUGAUUAUCUCCUUGUUAUUGGAGUUUGUCUGACCCUCAGCAUUGCAAAUAUUGUUGGUUUUACCAAAUGCAAAAAAGAUGCCAAGAAGCAGAUACAACAAUUUGCGUCUCAGACAAUUGCCUCUCGGUUCUCAUCAACCCUACAGUCAGCAUUCAGUGUCGUCUGAUUGUGAAAGAUGGAAAUACAAGUUGAAUUGAGAUGCGGUGGAAGUUUGUACAUGAUUAUACAGCACGUGCAAAAUUUUGUACUUUUUAUAUUAAAUGGCUUGAAUGAGACUUUUAUGAUCUAAUAGCGAAACAGUUAUUUUUAGGCGUAAA